UCUGCUGGGCUCCAGCAUCGUGUCACUCCACUGCGUCCAUCCCGGUGAGAAGGUUCAGCCAUGCUCCGCUUGUUACUGUGCAUCGCCAUCCUGUCUGGGUCCCAGGCCUUCUUCUUCAGCAGAUCGCCUGACUGGGACAAACUGCAAGUGACUUUCGGAAUCAACGUAUUCAGCUCCGGGACAUUUUCUCACCUUCCGAGAACAGUGCUUGCCGCCAGGGAUGAAGGCUUCACCGAGCUGUCCGGGUGUGGAGCAACUCCUAUGUUUGCUGGCAGGCGUUUUGCUAAAAAUGGAGACCUCGCUGUCGUCCUCAUCUUUGACGUGAACGGCAUCAUCGCCGGCAUUCAAGCAGGGUUCUCCAGCAACCAGUACAACGGCUACCCCGAUGACCCCAUCAGGAACCACCCCUUCGUCGAGUACGACCACCACCAGUUCGUCACCGCCUACUUCACCGACCCUGGGAGUAUAUGCAGCAGGGGGCGGACCUCAGACCAGUAUUCCGAGGAAGGGACGGGGACGCAGCUGCUGAUCCAGAACGGCACCACCCCUAGGGAAUACAUCACUAUUCCAAUGACCGAGACAGGACUCCGCACAACACGCUGGACAAGGGGAAAGUGCUUCCCAUGGAUGGGAGUGCACUACUGGUACGACAUAUCGAGGGACAUGGACUGUAGCCGCUUCUUCCCAGUGUUUCUCAUGUACAAUGGUGGCAAGCUCAACUCUUUUGGCUGGGCGUUUAACGCCGAUCUGACGUCGCCUCGUUAUGAACAUCCUCCCCCCUCACAGUUCAGGCGUUUCCUCAACCCCGUACCUCUCUGUCUGUCUGGACGAAGCCGAUUAUCAACACUCCACAUCUAUUUGUCCAACCCUCUACGCAACUUCUGUUGAGCAGAUUCAAGGCGUCCUGGAUCUUCAAUUUCACAGUCGGCCUUACUCGUCUCUUUCCGUAAACUAACGGGAAAGCCCGUGUUUGUGUCUGAAGCCAGACAGAUGUGUUUGUUUUCGGGGGUUUUAUUACAGGGUGGGGAAAGUUGUUAUUUUUUGUGGUGUUUGUGUGUUUUUUUAACAUGUGUUUUACACUGAAUCUGCAUAUUUUUUAUAAUUAGUGAGUAUGGUUUUACGCCGCUGUUAGCAAUAUUCCAGGAAUAUCACGGCGGGUUAAUUUUCUAUUUGUUAUAGAUUUCAAGUAAAAUUAUGAAUGCUA